AUGCUGGAUGAAUGGUCCACAAACAUCCUCCAUCAUGAUCCUAUGAAACUCUAUCGAGCCAAACGGGACGCCAGUCACCGGUCGGUCACCUCGAAAUACAACAUCCUCGGCUUCAUCUCGUCUGGGACGUAUGGACGUGUCUACAAGGCACAGAGCUAUGGCGAGGAGGGAACGAUACAUGCUAUCAAGAAGUUCAAGCCUGACAAGGAGGGGGACGUCGUGGCGUAUACUGGAAUAAGCCAGAGUGCUGUUCGAGAAAUUGCGUUGAACAGGGAGAUCAACCAUGAGAAUAUUGUUGCCCUGAAGGAGGUGAUUUUGGAAGACAAGUCCAUAUAUAUGGUCUUCGAAUAUGCAGAGCACGAUUUCUUGCAAGUUAUCCACCAUCACUCUCAAACUCUACGUGCACCCAUCAGCCACGCAGUCCUGAAAUCCCUCGUAUAUCAACUAAUCAACGGGCUCCUUUAUCUGCACUCAUGCCACAUCCUCCACCGCGAUUUGAAGCCUGCCAACAUCCUUAUCACCUCGAAAGGCGUCAUCAAGAUCGGAGACUUGGGCCUUGCUCGUCUCGUUUAUGAGCCCCUCCAGCCCCUUUUUGCUGGAGAUAAGGUCGUCGUGACCAUCUGGUACCGUGCUCCGGAAUUGCUUAUGGGAGCGAAGCAUUAUACGAAGGCGAUCGAUUGCUGGGCAGUGGGCUGUGUCAUGGCGGAACUCGCGAGCCUUAGACCUAUCUUCAAGGGAGAGGAGGCGAAGUUGGACUCGAAGAAGAAUGUCCCGUUUCAGAGAGACCAAUUGUUGAAGAUUUUCGAGGUGCUUGGGACACCCGAUGAGAAGGAUUGGCCUGGCGUCGUCGAUAUGCCGGAGUACCAAAGCAUGAAACGUCUUGACCACUUUGCAAAUCGACUAUCUGAUUGGUGUCAUUCACGCAUUCGAGCGACCCAAGGCUACGACUUACUUCGCCAACUAUUCAUCUACGACCCCGAGCGCCGCCUGACUGCCAAAGACGCUUUACAACAUAAAUGGUUCCAGGAAGAGCCGAAGCCUACGUGGAAUGCAUUCCAAUCUGUACCCCAACACCAGAUCCCACCUCACCGUCGCAUCACACAGGACGAGGCGCCUUCGAUGAUGCCCGCUCCGCAGAACACCUCACACCAAGGUCAUGGACACAUUGCUGGAGGCGUUCCGUUUGGCCAGUCCCAUUCAAAGCCUGGGAGCUCGAACAGCUUCGCGAGCCAGAGUGGAGGAGCGGCGUACGCGUCGGGUGGUGCGCCGCCCAGUAGGAAGAAGGCGAGACUGGGUUGA